AUGUUUACCAAAAAAUCACAUCAAGAUGUCAAAAAAUCCACAGUUAAAAUACAGGACUCCAAGAAGGAUUCGACAACCCGAUUGAAGCACCUCAAAAUUGUUUUAGAACAUUUUGAUGCUGAUGAAUCCAAAACUUACUUUGAAGCCAACUUUAGCCAUGUAUAUUUUAUAUUAUAUGAUAACUUCAUUCUAGCUGAAAACAAUCUUCGACAAAGAGAACUUCCGUUCCAUCUCGUGCAUAAAGCUGGUAGAGAAGAAUUAGAAGGAGCAUUAUCACUAUUGGAAAAAGUUUUAUGCCUCCUACCAGAGCUUCUCGGAAAAAGAUGGCAGUUGCACUCUCUUUCAAGGAUAUUUUCAAAACUCCUUCAUGGUGGAAAUUCGCAGAAAUUAAGGGCAGAGGCAAUAAGAUAUUUCCUUUUGUGGUACCAAGCACUUGGAGAUAAUGCCCCACAUGAAGUGCAUAGAAUGUUUGCUGGUCUAGUACCUGGUAUGCCUGAAUCACCUACUCAACCUAUUGGAUCUCCAUUCAAAUCAAAACCUUAUGAUGUAGUAACAAACAUUUCAAGUGAGACAGGUGACUUUAAAAUGGAAGAUAUCAUGCAACAUCCAAAUUUCAACUCGUCUUCAGACAAUGUAAAGAAAGUUGUUGUGGAACAAACUCCUACUGGUAUAAUGGGAAGAUUGGCCAAUGUAUCUGCCUCUAUAUUUCAUGACACCAAUGCUCUCAAUCCCGUUCAGAGUGUUGAAAUACAGCCUCUUCUCCCACCAAGUGCUAAUGAGAGGGCCGUUGAUAAUGAAACUAGAUAUUUUUUUGAAAUACUAUUAGAUGGUAUGGCAACAUCUGUAACUAAAAUACACUGGAGAGAGAGGUCACAUGCCAAAGCAAUGAGAAACUUUGCAUUUUUACUAGAGAAAUUCAAAAUAUACUAUCUCCCAAUAAUUUGCCCCCAGUUCAAUUAUAAAAAUUCACUGUAUAAACCCAAUCUUGAAUUGCCAGUGCAGCAUAAUAUUCUAGAAGAUGAUUAUGUGAUAUGCCGUGUGACGCUCAUAAAAUGGGUGGCUACCUACGCGAACUUCGUGAAGCGCCAAGGCAGUGAUGGUGGGCAACCGUCGUCAAUGACCAGCACUGGCUCACAUCUGCCCCACUCCGGCACCCCUACUCCUGCAACGUCGUUGCAUCACGAGGAGGAAACUUCCUUUACAGUGGGGCAGCCAUCUGACUCUAGCAGAGCAUCCUCGCAUGACUCCGCCUCUAAUACACCCCAUCCAAGUCUGGAAUCAGGUUCGGGUAUUUUCGAAGAAUUGAAUUCCGAGCAAGUUGUCCGCGACGUACUCUGCUGUUCGUCGCGGGAGCACGUCGACUUCACCAUCGAGGUUCUGCGUCAGGCAUUCCUACUGCCUUUUUCGCAUGCGGCAGCAGUCAGGCGAGUCAUCGGACUUUACAAGGACUGGAUACAAAUGAAUGUAUCCGAAAUCCCGCCAUUCCUGAUAGAGAACACGUACGAGCAGCAGCUGGCGAGUGGGGAGCCGGCAGCGCCGCCGCGUCGCCUUCGCAACGACUCCUACUUGGGUGCGGUCAACCGCGACGUGCUGGUGCGGGCCGGGAUGCAGAACAUAUUGCAAGUGUUCAUGACGCAAGCGGCAAACGUGUUCCUGGCAUCGCCGUCACCUGUGGCUCCACCUGGCGGUACCAAUCAACAGCAGCAGCUGUUACAGGAGCAGACGGACACAUGCAAACGAGUCCUGAACAUUUACCGCUACAUGGUCAUGCACGUCGCCAUGGACGCAAAUACAUGGGAGCAACUUCUGUUAGUACUUCUCCAAAUCACAUCAUUGGUGUUGACUAAGGUGGUUCCCAAAAGAAAGCAAGAAACAUUAGGAGGAUUUUUAGCACCAGCACUAUUUCAGACAUUAAUUGUGACGUGGAUCAAAGCCAACUUAAAUGUAGCAGUGAAACCAGAGCUUUGGCAAAGUUUCAUGGAGCUAUUGACACGACUGACCCACUGGGAAGACCUCAUUAAGGAAUGGGCGAAAACGAUGGAGACGCUGACGCGAGUGCUGGCGCGCCACGUGUACUCGCUGGAGCUGUCGGAGAGCGUGGGCGCCGGCGGGGGGGGGGGGGAGGCGCGCGGCCGCGGGGGCAGGAGGCCGACGCCCGCGCCCGCCCCCCUCCCCCGCCCAGCGCCCCGCGCCCGCCCCGCCCUCAUGGCACCGGACUCGCGGACGCCAGGCAAAUCACCGCGACCCGGCAACGAGGCGCACUCACGCAAGGAAACUGUGCGCGGACGUCAACUGCAGCGCUGCCGCAGCGACCCCCAUCUAGACAGACACACGCAGUUGCACGUGGUUGCUGUGGAAGAAACCAAAGAACCAGUCAUCAACAAGCCGAGGAGAUGGUACUCAUUGGACUCUUUAAGACAAUCUUCGCAACAAGAAGAAAGGGAUUCUAAUAGCGGUUCUCGUUCCCCAUCGCCGGCGCCAUCUAGCGGGGUUGAAAGUAGCUCUAUAAAAGACUCGCCUCUGCAAAUUGACUUAGCUUCUGACGGUGGUAACGUUGGGGACACCUCAGCCCUAUUCAAUGAGCCCGAGACUACAGGGGGGGGGGGGGAGGCGCGCGGCUGGCUGCCCGCAGUCGCCGCUGUGCUCUGGCGGCGGAUGCUCGCCUCGCUCGGCGACCCCAACCAGCUGCGCGACCCGCACGCGCACGCGCACUUCUUCAACUACCUCAUACACCUGAACUCGACGCUGCUCAAGGAGUGCCAAUGCGAAAGAAAAGCAGGAAAAAGGAGGCUCCUGAGGAGAAUCAGAAGAAAGAUAAGCGCGAACCAGACAUUAAAUGGAAAUACGGAGAUCCACGUGCCCUUCAACUUGGUGGCGGGAUGGUGCCUCGAAGCCGAAGCAUUACCGCCCUCCCACAGGGCUGGCAAGCUGCUAGCGCUGAGGCUGCUGUGCGAGUCAACUCAGGCGCAGGGUCCGGGCGCGCCUUCCUCCUGCAACAACCGCUUGCACCUCGCCCAUCUGCACCUCUACCAGCGCGCUCUGCAUCACGGCCUUACUGGCGAGGAUCGCUCCGUGGUGGACGUUUUAGUGGAGCAUGCGGCCCCACGAUACAUUUCCCUGGCCCUCGACGGCUACUCGCUGCUCCUUUUGGACUUUGUCCACGCUUCAACAGUCGUUCUCAACUCGUCUGAUAUGGGACCGUCGUGUCCACGCACGGCGGCUGUGACAUUCCUUGGUUCCCUUUUAGCACUCCCCGAUGACUUGAUGAACGCGCCGAUGCUCCAGCCGUACCCUCACCAGUACAACACCGUGUCCUGUCCAGACCUCAAGGAGCACGUGCUGAACAUAGUGGUGCGCGUGUGCCGGCGCGAGGGGGCGGCGGCGGCGCGGUGCGCGGGCGCGUGCGCGCUCGCCGCCCACGUGGCCCACGUGCUGGCCGUGCGCCAGCCGUGCGCCCGCCUCCCCGCCUACGUCACCUGCCUGCUGCAGAUGCUCAUGAUGAAAAACAAAACCAUCGCAAAAGUCGUAAGCGAUGCCAUAUUAGUUUUGGCCGACUACACCGACCGCAUCGUGGAGUUGUAUCCGGGACUAGCCGAGAAAAUCAUCAAAUGGAUAUGCGCUUGCCUCGCGCAAAUAUCUAGCAGUAGCGCCCGCGACUCGGUGAAGCCGCUAGCGGGGUCCCUUCUGCUGUGUCUCGCAGAGUUCGCGGUGCGUUGCGGUCCGACACACCUAAUGAAGGAGGAAGAGGGGGGGCAGACGCUGCUCUUGACCAUUUUCAAGGUACACCGUAGUAGGACACGCAAC